AUGGCGGUCGCCGACUGGGUUGGCCUUGGCGACGAAGCCAAGCUCGUCGAAGCGGUAGCGUGCGGCGGUGUCAGCACGGUCGCCCUGCUGCUUGAGAAAGGCGUGAGCCCCGAUGCGUCCAAGCAGGGCUAUCCGGCCUUGUACGUCGCCUUGAAGCGCAAGCAAGCGGCCAUCGUCGAGAUGCUCUUAACUGCGGGCGCCACCGUCGACAAGGCAGCGUGGUAUGGCAUCACGCCGCUGUUGCUAUGUGUGCGCCAGCGCAACACCAAGAUGGUCGAGCGGUUGGUGGCUGCUGGCGCCAAUGCCAACAAGCAAGAUACGUGGGGCACGACGCCGCUGGCACUCGCCGUCGAGGUCAAGGACCUCUUCAUUGCGCGUGCAUUGCUGGCCGCGGGGACCAACCCCAAUGCUUGCGACUCGCGAGGUCGCAGCGCGGUGUGGCUAGCGGCCAACGCCGGCCUGGACUCGGUGCUGCGCCAGCUACUGGCCGCUGGCGGCGACUUGCAUCUUGCCACCAAGCUUGGAACGUCACCGCUCAUGGCGGCCGUGUCAGCCAAGCACUUAAACACCGCUAGCGUUCUCAUGAAAGCGGAUGUCAAUGUCAAUCAGCAGGAUGCGGUGGGACGCACAGCGCUUUUCAUGGCCGUGCUGGCGGAUCACCUUGUGAUCGUUUCGGCGCUUGUCUCGGCCCGCGCCGACGUCAACAUGGCCGACAAGGAGGGGUUCACACCGUUGCAUGUGGCUACCACGGUCAAGCAGUGUUAUUCGGUCGCAAAAGUGCUGCUCGCAGCGGGUGCUAACAUCAACCUCACGACGAAUACGGUGGGCGAGUCGGCGCUUCUGAUGGCAGCCAAAGACAACCAAACAGCGCUCGUCCAGCUCUUCGUCGACGCCAACGCCGACCUCGACAGCAAGGACAAGCUGCAAGUGUUUCCACUCUUUGCCGCGACCAAGCACCGCAACACUGCGAUGGUCGAGCUGCUUUUGGCCAAAGGGGCCAACCCGAACCAAACGAUGACGGUACAUACCAUCAACGGUUUUUAUCCCCUUGAUACUAUUCUGCACUCGUACAUCAUUGCGACUAUAUCCGUUAUUGACGAGAACGGCGUGUCGCCGUUGUACUGUGCAGCGUACCACGGCUACAGCGAUGUUGUGCGGCAGCUCACGGCAGGCGGCGCGAAUCCCAACCUGGCGACCGCCGCACACGAUACGCCGCUGUUGGCGGCAGCGCGGCACGGGCACGCGCUCACGGUGGACUAUCUACUGCAAGCCAAAGCCGCUGUCAACUGUACCAACGCGGGCGGGAUGUCACCCUUGAUGUUUGCAGCCCAAGGCGGUCAUACCGACAUUGUCGCGCUGCUGCUCUCGGCCAAUGCGGCCGUCUACAAGCACGACGUUUACGCCGAGUCGGCGCUCUUGAAGGCGACACGCAAGGGCCACGCCGAGGUUGCCGGCCUCUUGGCGGCCGCCGAAGCCGGUCGCGUCGUUGUCGUGACGGUACCGACUAUCAAGCAUUUGUGUCAUCAAAUUCUCAAGCGCAGUGUAGAGCGCUGCCGAUCCAGAAACGGCAGACUUCGAGCCGAGUAA